AUGUUUCAGGGGCAGCGGGGUUGGUUUUGCCGCAGCGUCGGCGGAGAACUGAGGCAGUUCUGGGUGGCCGAAGGGGGCUCCAUCAGCGACCCGAGGGCCGCCGACUUCCUGUUCAGCUGUGAUGCCUCCCACCCAGACACGCUGAGGAUAUAUCAGAGCCUUGAUUACAUAGAAGAUAAUGCUACAGUUUUUCAUGCCUACUAUCUCUCUGCAGUAGCUAAUGCUGAAGUAAAAAAUUCGGUGGCUUUAGGUCACUUCAUUCUUCCUCCUGCAUGCCUGCAAAAAGAAAUAAGAAGAAAACUUGGUAAUUUUAUUUGGGAACAAGAUCAACAUUUUCAGAUAGAAAAGCAUGAUGAAGUAACACCAAAGGAAAUUGAGGACCUUAAGGAAAGCAGUGAACUAGCAAUAUAUCACAAAAAAGAACUAUCCAAAAGCACAGAAAAGCAUUUUAUAAGGACUCCAGUUAUGGAAAAGCAGAUGUACUUCCCUCUUCAGAAUUAUCCAGUGAACAACAUGGUAACAGGUUAUAUAUCAAUUGAUUCCAUGAAGAAAUUCCUUGGGGAGCUACGUGACUUUAUUCCUGGAAGCUCAGGAUAUUUGGCAUACCAUGUUCAAAAUGAAAUUAACAUGUCAGCUAUAAAAAGCAAAUUGAAGAGAAAAUAA